AUGACCGAAGAGGCCCAAGAGGAAGUGCCCAGAGAUGUAAGACUACUGCAUUUACUGUUGGCGUCGCAGGCUAUACAACAAUACGAAGAUCAAGUCCCAUUGCAAUUGAUGGAUUUCGCACAUCGUUACACGCGUGGAGUGUUGAAAGACGCUAUGGUUUACGGAGACUACGCAUCAAACGAUACAAAUACAGAGCUUUCUGUUGAAGACAUACGGCUGGCAAUUGCCGCAAGAACUCAAUAUCAAUUUAAACCCACUGCUCCAAAAGAGUUGCUGCUACAGCUGGCUGCGGAACGUAACAAGAAAGCACUCCCACAGGUGGUCAAUAUGUGGGGCACCCGUCUGCCUCCUGAGAAGUACUGCCUGACUGGUAAGGAGUGGCGUUUGAACGAGGAAGUUGAUGAGGAUGAAAAUAAGAUAGGCUCCUAA